UCCCUUCCUGUCCGCAGCGUCCGGGCCGACCGCCACCAGCAGCCAUGCUGGGCGCGCGGACCUUACGGUGCCGCGGCUUCCUGCUGCCCGGGGCCGGGCCAGUCCUCGCCUUGAGCUACAGCUGCAGGGCUUGCUUGCUGCAGGAACUCUGUUCUGACACCAUCUCCAGGAAGCUUUCCUUGAACCCCAAUGCUUGGCCAAGGGUCCUUGUCCAACAGCACUCUGGGCUGGCCUGUCACAGCCCUUGAUGCUGCAAGAGCUUGUCAUUACUUAGGCCUGCCCCUCCCAGGUGGAGCUCCCUGAGAUCAGAGCCAGUUACUAAUUCUCUGAGGGUAAUGGGGAUCUGGCACAGGACCUGGCCCCCCAGAAGUGCCCACUGGAUGGAUAUUGAGUGAGGGAGUUCCUGAUGCCAAAUGAAUUUCUUCUCCUUGCCCCUCACCUGGCCCAGUCCUACACACAGCAGCCAGCAGCCUUCCUGCCCAGAUCACAUACCCAGGCAGGCAUGCCAGAGAUAACCUCCAGCCCAGUCACCCUGGGUGGGGCCCGGUGAGAGGGAGAGAAUGGAGCCUGAAAGACCAUUCCACCCAUUGUGACUCGCCCUGACCUCACAGUCAUCAUCGUUCCCACCACCAGGUCGAGAGGCUGGGGGAGACUAACCUGGCAGGGAGCCCCCAAUGAGCCACCUUUCUUCACCCCCCCAAAAACACAAGGGGGAGCACAAAGCCCACGGUCUCCCCCGUGGUUCAGAAAGGGGUAGCUCCUCCCGGGACAAGGACCGAAGUGUGACGGUCAGUAGUUCGGUGCCUAUGCCUGCUGGAGCGAAGGGGAGCCGGACUAACUGCCCUCAGUCCACGCCCCAGAAGGUCCCCAACCGCCUGAUCAAUGAGAAGUCACCGUACCUCCUGCAACAUGCCUACAACCCUGUGGACUGGUACCCCUGGGGACAGGAAGCCUUUGACAAGGCCAAGAAAGAAAACAAGCCAAUUUUUCUUUCAGUGGGAUACUCCACCUGCCACUGGUGCCACAUGAUGGAAGAGGAGUCCUUCCAGAACGAGGAGAUUGGCCGCCUGCUCAGUGAGGACUUUGUCAGCGUGAAGGUGGACCGGGAGGAGCGGCCUGACGUGGACAAGGUGUAUAUGACCUUUGUGCAGGCCACCAGCAGUGGCGGGGGCUGGCCCAUGAGUGUGUGGUUGACUCCCAACCUACAGCCCUUUGUGGGGGGCACCUACUUUCCCCCUGAGGAUGGCUUGACCCGAGUUGGCUUCCGCACGGUGUUGUUGAGGAUACGGGACCAGUGGAAACAGAACAAGAGUACCCUGCUAGAAAACAGUCAGCGGGUCACCACCGCUCUGCUGGCUCGGUCGGCGAUCAGUAUGGGUGACCGCCAGCUGCCGCCUUCCGCUGCCACCAUGAACAGCCGCUGCUUCCAGCAACUGGAUGAGGGCUAUGAUGAGGAGUAUGGUGGCUUUGCCGAGGCCCCCAAGUUCCCCACACCAGUGAUCCUGAGUUUCCUGUUCUCCUACUGGCUCAGCCACCGGCUAACCCAGGACGGUUCUCGGGCCCAGCAGAUGGCCUUGCAUACCCUGAAGAUGAUGGCCAACGGGGGAAUCCGAGACCACGUGGGGCAGGGCUUCCACCGCUACUCCACGGACCGCCAGUGGCACGUCCCCCACUUUGAGAAGAUGCUAUAUGACCAGGCACAGCUCACAGUGGCCUAUUCACAAGCCUUCCAGAUCUCUGGUGACGAGUUCUACUCCGAAGUGGCCAAAGGUAUCCUGCAGUACGUUGCUCGGAACCUGAGUCACCGGUCUGGAGGCUUCUAUAGUGCAGAGGACGCAGACUCCCCCCCGGAGCGGGGCAUGCGGCCCAAAGAGGGCGCCUUCUACUUGUGGACUGUCAAGGAGGUCCAGCAACUCCUCCCUGAGUCUGUGCCGGGUGCCACCGAGCCUCUGACCUCAGGCCAGCUCCUCAUGAAGCACUAUGGGCUCACGGAGGCUGGCAACAUCGGCCCCAGUCAGGACCCCAAGGGGGAGCUGCAGGGCCAGAACGUGCUGACCGUCCGGUAUUCGCUGGAGCUGACUGCCGCCCGCUUUGGCCUGGACGUGGAGGCCGUACGAACCUUACUCAAUUCAGGUCUCGAGAAGCUCUUCCAGGCCCGGAAACAUCGGCCGAAGCCGCACUUGGACAGCAAGAUGCUGGCUGCCUGGAAUGGACUGAUGGUGUCUGGCUUUGCUGUGACUGGGGCUGUUCUGGGCCAGGAGAGGGUGAUCAACUAUGCCAUCAAUGGUGCCAAGUUCCUGAAGCGGCACAUGUUUGACGUGGCCAGUGGCCGCCUAAUGCGGACCUGCUAUGCAGGCGCUGGUGGGACUGUGGAACACAGCAACCCGCCCUGCUGGGGCUUCCUGGAGGACUACGCCUUUGUGGUGAGGGGCCUGCUGGACUUGUACGAGGCCUCACAGGAGAGUGCGUGGCUCGAGUGGGCUCUGCGGCUGCAGGACACGCAGGACAGGCUCUUCUGGGACUCCCGGGGCGGCGGCUACUUCUGCAGUGAGGCUGAGCUGGGGGCUGGCCUGCCGCUGCGUCUGAAGGACGACCAGGAUGGCGCAGAGCCCAGUGCCAACUCCGUGUCGGCUCACAACCUGCUUCGGCUGCAUGGUUUCACGGGCCACAAGGACUGGAUGGACAAGUGUGUGUGCCUAUUGACCGCCUUCUCCGAGCGCAUGCGCCGUGUCCCCGUGGCAUUGCCUGAGAUGGUCCGUGCCCUCUCAGCCCACCAGCAGACCCUCAAGCAGAUUGUGAUCUGUGGAGACCCUCAGGCCAAGGAUACCAAGGCUCUGUUGCAGUGUGUCCACUCCAUCUACAUCCCUAACAAGGUGCUGAUUCUGGCUGAUGGGGACCCCUCGAGCUUCCUGUCCCGCCAGCUGCCCUUCCUGAAUACCCUUCGGCGGCUAGAAGACCGGGCCACUGCCUAUGUGUGUGAGAAUCAGGCCUGCUCGAUGCCCAUCACCGAGCCCUGCGAACUACGGAAACUGCUCCAUCAGUGACUGCCUCCCCUACCUUGGGCUGGGGCAGAAGGUGGAGCUUCCCAACCAACCAGAGACUCAGGCCCUGCAGGGCCCUGCAGAACCUUUGGCCACCCCCAGGCACCAUGUCAAGAGGUGACCUCGGCCAUCCUUGCUGCUCCCCCCUGAGCACCCACUCACCCUGGAAUAAACCUAACAGCGUCCCGCGGUAA